UUAACUCAUUGACAGAAAUCUAUUUUGUAAAAGAGGUAGGCCGGUGUGGGCUUGUCAAAGUAGCGGUGAUAGUUUUCAGACCCGUCGGCCAACGAUGAAAGGAAUUUAGGCCAGUUGUGGCGAUAAUUUACAAAGAUGGCGUCUCAGCGACCAAGAAGGAAUAAUUCACCAGCAAGUGGUAAACUUAAACCACAACCUCUCAAGGCAACAGCCCCCAUAUCUUCACUUGUAAGGAAUAAUCCAAGUCCAACAAGACGAAGACAAAGCUCUCCCGUUCCAUCUCCAGGGUUGGUAGAAACCACAAAAAGUAGAAUACGAAGAUCUCCUGAUGUUUUUUCUUCAGAACACCGAACACUUGUUUCACCCCUUGGUGACAAGCCAAGACCUGUUCGCCUUGGCAUUGCCCGGACAAAUUCCCUUGAAACACUAUCCAGCUCAUAUAUGAAUGGACAAUGGCCAAAAGAUGGCGCUUCAGCAUUUGUGCAGAGUACAUGCAAUAAAGGAACACAAACUCUACCUGGACCAGAUGAUGUAACAGAAGAAAAUCAGAGAAGUAACCACAAGAGGUCAAAUUCUAUAGGAAGUGAUACCAAAGAGAAAUUCAAACAGUUCUUACAAAGAACCAAACAAUCCCAGCCUAUCCACGGUAAACAGUCUCCGUUGCAAGGCGAUCAUUCUGCUGUUGGUCCUCAGACAAGUUUUUCAACUGGAAUCAUUCAUUCGAGAGCCAUCCCGAUUCCAUCCAACCCAAAGACGACCAAUCUGCACACAAGGAGGAGUGUUGAGGGGCUCAACCCGGAAAUCGAGACACUGGUUCAGGAACUUGGGCUUAAUUACAAUGAAAAGACUGAAAAGACCCCAGAAGGCCGCAAGGCACCCUUUGCUGGUUAUUUCCCCCGCAAUGUAGACAGUCACACUCAGACGUCAAAUGGUCUUAUUGAUCCAUCUGAACUUUAUAUAAACAUACCAGCUGCCAAUACAAGUGGACCGAACAGUAGAAGUCAGUCAACCUCGCCUUCGUGGCCCAUCGCACCUGGUGGGAUUCCAGAGUCGAGGCCAUCAUCAAGGUCCUCCUCCACUGGUGCCACAAUGCAAGACAACCAAUCUCCAGAAAGCAACAGCUCUUCAUCAAAAUUCUCUUCAUCGCCAAACUUCUUGUUUACACGUGGUCCACCAGAUGGUGCCGAGAAAGUCCCAUCUCAUGUGGAGAGCACUGAAUUGAAAGAAGACUACGUGUUUAAUGAUCUUGCAACUCGUGGCCCCGAUAAGACGAAGGGUAAAAUCCUUUUCAGUCAAAACUCGCCAUUCUACCCACUGCCAUUGGUGCCAAGAAUGGCCGUGAAUAUGUCUCCUGGCUCUCAAGUCUCCACUUCUGCCAGUACGUAAGUAAAGGUACUUGUGCAUAACGGAUGUCUCACACUAACGUGCAUUACAGAAUCCUAAAAGAAGUCGCUAUAUCCAGCAUAUUUGCAGUUUUAUCACACAGACGUAUAACUGGGUUAGUGCCAUUUCAGGUACGGUUUUUUAGAGUAAGGGAUUCCUUAAUUUUGGGUGCAUGAUUUUAAGUAUUGGCUCUUUGUAAAACUACCUCGAUCCUAGUGUUAUCUUUAACAACUACUUGAUAUUGCAUUUUUCGAACAAGAUCCUGAAUAUCAAGAAAUCGCUGCAACAUGCUCGGUUAACCCACAAUUUCCUUCCUAAUAUGCACGAUUUCAAAUCAAACUAAGCAUUUAUGCAUUUAGUUUUCCAAUGAGAUGGGCUCUAAUUCCGCUACAACAUGUUAUGUUACAAACUUUGUCUAGGGGAUAACCUUCGGGAUGAAAACCUCUCUGUUCUGAACAAUGGCCAUCGAAUGUUUUUGAGCCCUUGAUCGUUUCCACUGACUACCAGAAUUCAUUUUACGUGACCUUUAGGAUUCAACUAGAGUGUCCCACUUUUUAAAAACUUUACAAAGAACUAUAAAUGUAAAUUUUGAUCAAAUAACACGAUUCGUAAGACAAUGCUUACCUCGAAAUCGCAAAACACAAUAUAUUACUGUAGAUAAAAGUAUAUUCGCCGGUGUAUCCCGUGUAUUAUGCUGCUGGUACAAUAAUGUUUUCAUUUACGAUUGCCUGGCCAUUGGUAUUUUUUUAAAUUUAAUUAUAUUUUUCAGAUAAAACUCAAUCUUUUUUAUUUUACAGUUAGCCCCGAUUAGUUUUACCAAAACUCUUUACAAACCUUUUUCCUGAAACCUUUUUCCUGGAACCUUUUUCCUGAAACCUUUGCAAUGCAAUCGUAAGUGGAAGUUGUAAACAACUGUACACCAAAGGCCUGUUUUAGAGGCUCGGUGACUCUGCUGAUAAAAUUUUAAUUGAAGUUACCCUCGUAAUUCUGUGCUUAAACUUGUUUUGGUGAGGAAUUGCAUGAGUAAAUGCAACAAUUGUGGAAAGCCUUUAUCGAUAAUAACACUAAGUUAGCUGCAUGAUCUCUAUACGGAUUAAUUUACCACCCUUACUGCUUUCAUUUGCUCGUUUGUCAUGGUCCAAAUCUCUGUAACUGAAAUUUUUACCUUCUAACUCUUCUAACCUGGUCCAAUAGCUAUAUCGGCAAAUACUUUGUAAUGAUAAAAUCACCGCUCACUGUUUUCAAAAGUAAAGCUAUUAGCCUCAGUAAACAUGUAAAAUGGGCAAAGACUUCUAUUGAUACAUUAUCUCAAUAUGAUGUUAAAAUAACUAAGGUUACGAAAAUGCGAUUUGUGGAUGUGAUAUGAUUUUUUUAAUUUGGGUUGACUUGAAGCUUUCUCCACUGUGGCUUAUUAUUGUUUUGAUACGUUGUGAUAUCUCACUGUGUUGUGAUAUUUUUUCAUUUCGUUCUGCAAUUCAUACUUAUCUUGAAGAAUUAUUCAUUUCUGGUUUGAAGGUACUAGUCCUGAUUGACUUUUCACGGUAGCUCUUGAUCUCUCCGAGCUGUUUUCCUCUUUUGGUGGCGUUCUUGAAUGAUUGUAGUCAAAUUACCGUCAACUGGUAACCAACUGGUAAAAGUCUCAUGUUUCUAUUGUUAUGACUGGAACGUAGCUGGGAUUGAGAUACAGAUCCUUGAUUCACUUCAUGACUGGAAUAGAGACUAUGACUGGUAGUUCAUAAUAUGUCGAUGCAAUAAAGAGGUUUUAACUGUUUUGCUCUGCUUUCACCUUUUCCUUUCGUUAAUUUUAGUGUCGCUUCUACCCCUAUCAAAACAUUACAAUUGAGCAAAAGGUUUGUGCCUCUAAAUUAAAGAGAUGCAAAUGAUUGAACUGGGAACGUCUCGGAAUCGAUGUGGCUGUGCCAUGUCAUUGUUCUGCUGGAUCGAGAUAAACCCAGUUUAAGCGGUCUACUGCUAGUACCCUUUUGCUGCGCCCUAAACCUUCUUACCCUAGUAGCCAAGCAUCGUGCUUUCCUUUUGUGGUCGUUAAUUCUUCUCAAGGGUUUUCUUUGACAUCUUCCUGCCUGUUAGGCCCUAUUUGAAUCGUUUAUGAUCAUUUUGUAUUCAAAUCGAAGUACCACACCGGGCUGCCUCUUGUUGUGCACACUUGUCAAUGCAUUUUGGUAAUGAUAAUCACCUAGCAUUCGGGAGUGUAUUGCUCUAAACAAUGUGUCAUCUUUCAACAUUGACUGGAUUGGUGUUUCUUGGAUCCAUUUAUUCAUCAUAUAUUCGUAACCCUAACUUUGGGCCAUGUCAUCUCCGUCUGUUUCUUUGCAUCAAAAACAUAGCUGUAAGUAUGUUAUUGAUAGAUUUUCGCACUUGCCAGUUACUGUCAAUGUUAUGAGAAUUAAACCAGUUUCUCUUUGUUCCGAAUUUUGUCCAUAGUUAGAGGUCCUUUGCCUUCUGUAUCUCUCAAUUUAGGUAGCUUUUGUGAGUCAAGUUAAGAUACCUGCCUUUUUCAAAUUGCUAAAAUCUAGUGUAACUACCUUCAUUGCUUCAAAAAACUAAGUUAAGUGAAAAAGCUAGAUGAACCCAGUCUUUUUGAGCUUUUUGAAUCGAUUAUCUUAGCACAGCUGUUUGAUAUUGUAAAUCUACGGUUGAUAUGUACCCUGACCUGCAACAUCGUUUUCUUGCUCGUAUUAUAAAACAAAGACUUACAGCACUGUUGUUAUGGCUGGCUGCAUUUGUGUCUUAGACGUACAGGGCAGCAGAUUAGGUUGUUGAUAUUAGUCAGAGUAUAUGAGAGGAUUAUUUAAUUAGAAGGUACUUAAGAAGACGAAAUGCAUAAGGAAUUGCGCAUUGACUUGUCAACCAAGAGAAGAUGUAAGGCCAGCUAAAACUUUUAGAAUCAGUGUUAUAGGUGACUUUUACGGAAAAAUAUUAACCAUAUUUUAAAACAACAUGUAUUUGAAUCUUGAAUGGUCCUUUGCUGGCUACAUAUUCGCUGCACGGGUGUUUACUGUUUUUAUGUAUGAGACCUUAUAUCUUCAAAUCAGACUUGAAUGAGACCUUAUAUCAUACAUCCUCAAAAAAACUGUGCCCACUUGAAAAAUACGAUGCAGAAACGAUUGCCUGCGCUUUAGGGAUCACCUGUCUGCAAAAAAAGGAUUAAUUUUUAUUCGUUAUUGUAGAAAAACGGAAAUUGGAAAUGAGGCCUAAGUUCGUACAACAACAUGUCACAUUAGCACUUGCUGAACUGUAAAGUGUAGAAAAGCACACGCCCGUAGCAAGCGGGUGUAACUUCAGCUCAUCAUCAUUCUUACCAAUAAACGACCUUGUCUUUACUUAUCAACGUAUUAUAUAUAUAUAUAAAUGUACUGUAAAAAGGGCUAUGAAGGCAUAUUUAUUGACUGUUUGUAUAAAGAAGUUUAAGCACGUAGUUGAACAGUUGAUUCUUAUAUUGUUAGAUAAACUUGAUUUCGAUGCAGUUAGCUAGUUGUUUUAGUCGUUGAUUUUAACUGUACUAUGUUUAUUUGUCUAAACAUGUGAAUGUCAUACUAUCAAA